CACCUGUGAAGACCACAUCAUCGUCCUCUUCUCCUGUGCAGCCCUCAUCACCUGUGAAGACCACAUCAUCAUCCUCUUCUCCUGUGCAGCCCUCUACACCCUUGCCCUGUGCUGCUUCCACCCCUGUGAUUUCCUCAUCAAAGGUGUCUGAGACACUGUCUUUAAUGGAGAUGCACUCAUUAAGGCAAUCAAGAAAAAGACAGUAUUCUGGGAGUGCCUACAGUGAUUCAGAUGUUACGGAUUACAGUGAUGUUGACUACAUACCCCAGUUCAGCUCAGAUGAAUCAGAUGGAAGUGCUUCUGGACAAAGCAAGGCUGAAAGGAGUUCAGAUGGAUCAAACAAUAAGUCUGAAUGUAGUGAUCCUAGACCCAACAAACGUUUAAGACAUACUAAAUCACCCCUUUCAAAAAGGAAAGCUGAAGAGGCAGGUAUUUCAUCUGCCAAUUGUAUGACAGCAAUGUCAUCAAAAAGGAUGACAUGCCAAACUGAAGAGACCGAAACCUCAUCUGACAAAAAGACUUUGGUUCAGUCAAUGCCAUCACCACAAAAAAAGAGCAGGUCAUAUAACAAAAAACAGUAUUGCCUUUAUUGCUCUAAGCCAUAUGCAAAAAUGGCAAGACACCUUGAGUUUGUACAUCGCAAUGAAGUAGAGGUUGCAAAGGCUGUAGCUUUCCCAAAACGUUCCAAAGAACGAAGAGUCCAGUUAAACCUUCUUAGAAAAAGGGGCAACUUUGCCCACAACACAGAUGUGGUGAGAAAAGGGGAAGGUGAGAUGAUUGCCUGCUACCGUCCAAAAAAGUGCAAAAACCCCUAAGAAUUUAUCCACUGUAUUCACUGUCAAGGCCUUUACAACAAGCUCAGCCUAUGGAAACCCAUUAAAAACUGUCCACUUAAACCGAAGGAUGAUGAAGCUCAGGGCAGAAAAAGAGUAAGAUCUCUUUGUGCCUUAAAAACACCUGUUGGCUUAGAGGUGAGUAAAGGUUUCAAGAAAGUACUUUCCCUGAUGAACUAUGACGAAGUUUCACGGGUGAUUCAUAGUGACAGAUGCAUCAUGCAACUGGGAGAGCACAUGUUUAACAGGAUGGGAUCUGAUGUGACCAAACAUGACUACAUCCGACAGAAAAUGAGAGAAGUUGGCAGACUUCUUCUUGAAGCAAGAAGGAUAACCCCACUGAAAACAAUGGAGAACUUCAUGAUACCAGCAAACUUCAAACAUGUCAUAUCAGCUGUGAAAGUUGUGUCUGGCUUUGACGAAGAGAAGAACUCUUACCGCAUUCCCUCUUUAGCCCUCAAACUUGGACAUUCUUUAAAAAAGAUCUGUAGCAUUGUUGAAAGUAAUGCGAUGAUGUAUGGAGACCAUGAGCGUGCUGAGUGUGCUCGAGACUUCAGAAAAGUACACGAAGCAAGGUGGAAUGAAUACAUUUCUGCUGGUGCUAUAACUACAUUGAAGGAAGCCAAGUGGAAUGCACCACAGAUCAUUCCUUUCACUCAGGAUGUCAAAGUCCUGCACGCACAUCUAGAAAAGAAACGGGAUAAAUUCCUUAAUAAACUUAAAAACUGCCCCUCUGCAGACAGCUAUGCUGCUUUGGCCAAAGUCACACUCUCCCAAGUUAUCCUGUUCAAUAGACGAAGAGAAGGUGAGGUGUCACGGAUGCUUUUGUCAGCUUUUCAAAGCCGGGAUUCUUCUGAGCUGCAUGAAGACAUAGCCAUCUGUCUUUCUGAGUUCGAGAGGAAGCUGUGUAAACACUUUACCAGAGUAGAGAUCCGUGGUAAGCGAGGGAGAAAGGUCCCUGUCCUCCUCAAACCUUCAUUGGUUUCUGCCAUGGAGCUGCUUGUUGAAACACGUGAGGCUUGUGGUGUCCCAAAUGAGAAUCCUUUUAUGUUUGCCAGAUCUGGUGCAAUGUCUGCCUACAGAGGAGGAGAGUGCAUAAGUAAAGCUGCUCGUGAAUGUGGCAUUAAGAAUCCUGAAGCUCUUUCCUCAACCAGGCUCAGGAAACACAUAGCUACCAUGUCAAAGAUUCUCAACCUUGAUGAAAAUGAAGCAGAUCAACUGGCUGAUUUUCUCGGUCACGAUAUAAGGAUCCACAGACAGUAUUACCGGUUACCAGAGGGGACAUUGCAGCUGGCAAAAAUGAGUAAGGUCUUAAUGGCAAUGGAGAAAGGAACACUGUCCAGCUUUAAAGGAAAGAGACUUGAUGACAUUGAAAUCGACCCAAAUGAGCAACUUGAGGCCGAAGGUGAUACAAUGUCAAGUGAUGAAGAGGAUUGUAGUGACCUACCUCAGACAACAUCACCAGUACCAGCAGAGACUGAUCAACCAUCUGCUUCACAGAAAGAUCAAGGUUCAUCAAUACCUCCAAAAAGAAAAUGGGAAGAAGUUGAGGUAAAAGCUGUUGAAAAACACAUGAUGAAGUUCAUAAAGACAUGCAAAGUUCCUGGUAAGCAAGACUGCGAGAGAUGCAUUCACGCAGAGCCAGAAGCCUUGAAGGAACGUACGUGGACUGGUGUGAAAAAUUAUGUGCGAAACAGGAUCACCACUUUAAAAAAACAGGGUGGAUUAUAGGGGAGCAAAUUAAAAACACUUUUUUUCUUUUUACUGUAAUAAACAGAGCAUGGUGAGGAAAAGUUGCCAUGUUACAAAAACAUAAAAUAAUGAAUGCCUUUUCUAGAAUAACUUUUUAACAUGUUUAGGGCUGCAAAAUGAUGAAUUAUGACUAAUCGUUUGCAGAAUAAAAGUUUUUUUUUACAUCAUAUGUGUGUAUACUGUGUAUAAUAAUUAUCUAUAUAUAAAUACACACACAUGCAUGUUUAUAUUUAAUAAAUAUUUACAUGUGUAUAUACAUUUUUAUGUUUAUAUGUAAUUUAUAUUAUAUAAACACUUAAAAUAUAAAUAGAUUUUGUUUCUUCAAAUUAUACAUUCAUGUGUGUGUAUGAGCUACAUAAUUAUUAUACACAGUAAACACAUAUAUGAUGUAAACAAAAGCUUUUCUUCUGCAAACGAUUCAUCAUUUUGUAUGUUUGUAAUAUAUAAUAGGUUCCUUUCAGACAAACUGUCUUUAUACUUUACACAUCAUGCUCUGUUUUUUAAAAAUGAGUGAAAAUAGUAAGGAAGAGUAAAGGUGUAUGAAGAGGGAGAAUUUGUUUGAGUACAGGAGGAAACAGAAUAUUAAUGAGGUAAGCAAGACAGGAGAAGAGAGAGGAUUGAAUGUAAUGGUAAGACGAUAAUUUCUGUAAAAAGCUGAGGAAAGCAAAAAGAACAAGCUGCACUGACAAAUGUCUCAUUUUCAUUCUUUGUUUACAUGCAUGUUUACAUGUUGUUAUAUGUUUACAUGUUGCUAUUUUUUCUGUCAACAUAUUCUGUUCUAUAUGCACUUUUAAAAUAUGUCAGUAUUGUUUAUUUCCUUUAAUUGUAAUUACAAUUGUUCAAUGUAGACAGAAGUUAAUUGAGUGAACUGAAAGUAAAGAGAUAAAAGGAGGAGCA